UUCUGGUCCGAAGGAGAAGAGACGAAGACGCAAACAACUUGAGUUCUUGGUGUUUCGCUUGGUCACCGAACGUCUUUCCCUUUUAAACCAUCGGAGAUAUAGUGCUCGUCCAACGCGAUAUUCUGACCAAAUUUUCUCCCUCUUCGCCUCCCUCCAUAUAUAUCUCUCUCGCUGUCUCUGAUGAUUGAGACUCUGGUGCGACUGUGAACUGAGAUCAAUGGGAGUGCCCGCCUUCUUCAGAUGGCUUGUCGACCGUUAUUCUCUUGCCGUCACCGAUGUCGUCGAGGAGGAGCCACGAGAGGGACCCGACGGCGUCCUCCUCCCGGUGGACCCAUCGAGGCCCAACCCAAACGGGAUGGAGUUCGACAAUCUCUAUCUUGACAUGAAUGGAAUCAUUCACCCGUGCUUCCACCCCGAAGGGAAGCCUGCACCAGCAACUUAUGAUGAUGUUUUCAGAUGCAUCUUUGAUUACAUUGAUCAUCUAUUUUCAUUGGUUCGCCCACGAAAGCUUUUAUACUUGGCAAUUGAUGGUGUUGCACCCAGGGCAAAAAUGAAUCAACAGCGUUCUCGUCGUUUCAGGGCUGCAAAAGAUGUAGCUGAUGCAGCAGCAGAGGAGGAAAAGCUAAGGAUGGAGUAUGAAGCAGAAGGGAGAAGUCUUCCUCCAAAAUUGAAAACCGAAACAUUUGAUUCAAAUGUCAUAACUCCCGGCACUGAAUUUAUGGCUGCACUAUCAGUUGCACUCCAAUAUUAUAUACAGCUAAGGCUGAACCGGAACCCUGGAUGGUGGGGCAUAAAGGUUAUACUGUCAGAUGCAAAUGUGCCUGGUGAAGGCGAACACAAGAUCAUGUCAUAUAUUCGUUUGCAACGUAACUUACCAGGUUUCAACCCGAACACACGUCAUUGCCUGUAUGGAUUGGAUGCAGAUUUGAUUAUGCUCUCCCUAGCAACUCAUGAGGUUCAUUUUUCAGUUUUGAGAGAAGUUAUCACCAUGCCUGGUCAACAGGAUAAGUGCUUCUUGUGUGGUCAAGUUGGACAUUUGGCAGCAGAAUGCAAAGGAAAUUGUGAUCAGAAUCAAGCUACAGGAUCACAUGAAAAGCCUGUUGACGAUACUCCAAUUUACAAGAAAAGAUACCAGUUCCUCAACAUCUGGGUGUUGCGAGAGUAUUUACAGUAUGAUUUGGAGAUACCUGAUCCACCAUUCAAGAUAAACUUCGAAUGUCUUGUUGAUGAUUUUGUAUUUAUGUGUUUUUUUGUUGGGAAUGAUUUUCUUCCACAUAUGCCUACUUUGGAAAUUCGUGAGGGUGCAAUAAACCUGCUGAUGUCUGUAUAUAAAAGAGAAUUUAGGGAAAUUGGUGGAUAUCUCACUGAUACUGGUGAGGUAAAUUUGGGGAGGGUGGAAAAAUUCGUUCAGCUGGUUGCUAUCCAUGAGGACCGGAUUUUUCAGAAACGAGCACGUAUCCAUCAGGCUCAAGAAAAUGCUGAGCUUAGAACAAGAAAAGAAAGCUCUGAGGAAGCACAGCUACCAAUUCCAGAUAAGGUCAGAUUAGGGGAACCUGGUUACAAGGAGAGGUAUUAUGUUGAGAAGUUUGGUCUUAAAACACCUCAGGUGGUUGAAGAGACUCGGAAAGAUGUUGUUUUAAAGUAUGUUGAAGGCCUUUGCUGGGUGAUGCGAUACUAUUAUCAGGGUGUCUGCUCAUGGCAAUGGUUCUAUCCUUAUCACUAUGCUCCUUUUGCAUCCGAUCUUAAAGAUUUGGCAGAACUUGAGAUCACAUUUUUCUUGGGACAGCCAUUUAAACCAUUUGAUCAGCUUAUGGGCACACUUCCAGCUGCAAGUUCUGAUGCUCUACCUAAACACUAUCAAGCUUUGAUGAAUGAUCCAGUAUCACCUAUCUCUUCAUUUUAUCCUUCUGAUUUUGAGUUAGACAUGAAUGGUAAGCGCUUCGCAUGGCAGGGUGUGGUCAAGUUACCUUUUAUAGAUGAAAAUCGUUUGCUUGCUGAAACAAAAAAGCUUGAGGGUACUUUGACGGAAGAGGAGAAGACCAGGAAUACCAUCAUGUUUGAUUUACUUUAUGUAAAUAGCAGCCAUCCUUUGGCUUUGCUCAUUGGCUCACUGUACAGAACCUGUCUCCAGUUCCCAGUUGAAUAUUGGACUCCUUAUGUGAUUGACACGAGUCUGAGUGAUGGGAUGAAUGGGUAUCUUUGCCUAUCUUGGAGGAAUGUGUUUGCUUAUACAGUGCCAUCUCCUAUCAAGGGACUCGAGAAUAUCAAUGAUAAUCAUGUCCUGAACGCAACAUAUCUCAACCCUCCAUCACAUCAACAUAUUCCAGAACCUCCAGAGGGUGUAAUCAUGCCAAGACGGAUUCUAACCCCAUUGGACAUAAAACCUUCCCCAGUAUUGUGGCAUGAAGAUUAUGGUGGUCGGCGUCAACAAACCAGAGAGAGACCGCAGGUGCCAAAUGCCAUUUCUGGGCCUCUGUUAGGAGAGGCAGCACAUCGUCUACUGAAAAACACACUACAGUUACCAAAUAAUGGUCCCAGAGUUUCACAGUUUUCUUAUGGCAGUUCAAGAGCUUACGAUCCUCAAGAGCGGAAUGGUUCAACCUAUGUUCUUAAUAGGCCAAGGCCGAUUGGGCCCUCUGGUUAUGAACAAGGGUUUGGGCCCUCUUCCAGUCAGAAUCGUGAUACCAACCGUAAAUUGCAUGAUUUUUAUGGUCGAUCAUCCUCAAGACCAGCCUCCACAUAUCUUGAUGUACAGGAUACCAGACAGGGUUCCAGAACACAAGAUAGACACCUUCGACCUCAAUUCACAAACAUUCAGGCUGAAAUGUUGGCAUUGACAAUACAUGGCCGUCAAGAGGUGGUCUAUCAGCCUCGACCAGGAAUGUUUGUAAGGGCAUCCAACCCUGGUUUUCAGACUAACCGGCAACCAGCACAGAGUACUUAUGCUCCGCCACCACCACCAACAAAAUGGGUUGCAAAGACAGCUUAUACAGUUCCACCUGCUGAAAUGAUUUUUGAUGAUGGAACAGACAAUAGACCAGUGAAGAAGGGUUACCAAGACCCUUUAAAUAUGCCACGUUCUGCCACCGAGUGAUGUUCAGCUGCAAGGGUGACAUGUUGGUCCUGUACUACGCUAUUGAUGCACAGCUGGCGUGUGGCCUUAGUGGUUGGCUGGCUGGAUCAUUUUGAAAGGACUCCAAGGGAUCUUGAUCUGCGCUUUAUUCUGUACUUCAGACAGGACGGUACACCAACUAGGAUGUAUUUUGCCGUGUUACAUUGACAAGAUACAACAUUGGGUGAAGUAGUUUGCAUUUUGGUGACUCGGGCUUCAGACUCACUGGUGCAAUUCCAGGUGUCUUCAUGAUUACAGGCGUAUUUCAAUGUCCGACACGAGAAUCAAUUUGAAAAAUAGGUAUUCAGAUGGGUGUUUCGAGUGUAAUCCAGUAAGAAAUUUUUGAAGCUAAUCACGAUGCGUCUAUUACUCCCUGUUCCAAUUAAGAUUCUAAGUUGGGUUUGGAA